AUGGACUCCGGUCUCCCGCACGCCGCUGGCGCCUGGAGCGCCCAGGCACCAGCUCCCGAAAAGUCCUGCGAGCUCUACAUACGUGACUACCCCCACCGAUCCAUUGCCAUAGUGUCGACCUCGCACGUCCUGAUCCUGCGGUACAGUUCGGUCAGCAACGACUUGACAACCGCCGGCUUCCACGGGUCUCACACGUCGCUCGCGUCGUCGACCAGGACGGCGGGGAACAGCACGCCGGCAAAGUGCAUGGUCGAGUUCUCCCGCAUAUCCGAGGAGCUCCUGCGCGAGUACAGGCCGCUGGCCCCCCGUCCCAUCUUCGGCACGCUCGGCCUCAUCACCGUCGAAGGAGAGGUCUUCCUGGCCGUCAUCUCACACGCCGCCAGGGCCGCCACCGUCAGGCCGGGCGAGACGGUCGAGAGGAUCGGCGGUGUGGCAUUCUACUGCCUCAGCAGCGCUGACUACGACGACGUUGUGCCCCUGGAUGCUCUCGAGCAGGGCGACGUGUCCGACGCCAUGUCCGUGUCCGGCCAGUCGCCCUACGGCGGCGCCGGCGGCCAGAACCUCGGUCGUCGCGAGGUCGCCCUCGAGCACCCUUGCCAUGAGCUGCGCAAGCUGCUCAGCAAUGGCUCCUUUUACUACAGUACCGAUUUCGACGUGACGAACCGCGCACAAGACAGGCCCAUCAACUCCAACUCCUUCGACAUUGACAACUUUGACGAUGCGUUCCUGUGGAACUCGUUCAUGAUCAGCCCUCUGGUGCAGUUCCGGUCAUGCCUAGGCGGCCGGGAGCGCUCGGCGCUGGACAGAUCGCGGAUCCUGACGUCCGCCUUCCGUGGUUUCAGCGAGACCAUGACGAUACCGCCGGCCGCGUCGCCGCUGCGGGCGAGGUCCGGGAUGCCGUCGUACAUGACGCUGAUAUCGCGGCUGUCAUGUCGGCGGGCGGGCACCCGGUUCAACGCGCGCGGCAUUGACGACGACGGGCACGUGGCCAACUUUGUCGAGACGGAGACGACCUUCUGGAGCCCCGCAGGCGUCUUCUUCUCGUACGUGCAGGUGCGCGGGUCCGUGCCCGUCUUCUGGGAGCAGGCGGCGGACCUGGUGCCCGGUCGGCAGAAGAUCACGGUGACGCGGUCGCCCGAGGGCACGCAGCCGGCGUUGGACAAGCACUUUGAGGAGCUGGAGCAGACGUACGGCGCCAUCCACGUCGUCAACCUGCUGAGCGAGUCCAAGUCCAGCGAGGUCGAGCUCAGCUCGCUGUACACCAACGGCAUCCGCCACUGCCCGCUCAGCCGGCCCAGCACCGAGGACUCGUCGCCGGACAGCGUUCUCCUUCGCGAGACGCGCUACGACUUCCACGCCGAGACGAAGGGCCCGGCCGGGUACGAGGCGGCGAGGGGUAUCAGGCGGUACAUCGAGGACUCGAUCGACGCCUUCGCCUACUACCUAGCCGAGGAGCGGCACGACGUGUCGGCCAGCAGCAACAACAGCAGCAGCAGCCUCAACGUGCUGGACGGCGUGGGGUCGACGACGCUGCCGAACAGGCACCUCGAGGCCGUCCAGCAGCAGCAGGGCGUCUUCCGCACAAACUGCCUCGACUGCCUGGACCGCACCAACCUGAUCCAGACGCUCAUCUCCCAGAUGGCCGUGGAGGCCUUCCUCGGGCACCGGGGCCUGUUCGCGGCGUCGGACUUUUGGAUGCGCCACUCGAGCCUGUGGGCCGACAACGGCGACAGCCUCUCCAAGAUCUACGCGGGCACGGGGGCGCUCAAGUCGUCGUUCACGCGGCACGGCAAGAUGUCGCUGGCGGGCGCCGUGGCCGACAUGCGCAAGUCGGUGCAGCGCAUCUACCACAACAACUUCAUCGACCCGUCGCGGCAGAUCACCAUCGACAUGCUGCUGGGCCGGCUCGUGGGCCAGGCGCCGGUGCACCUGUUCGACCCGAUAAGCGACUACGUGUCGGCCGAGCUGGCCAGGCGCAGCCCCGAGUACACGUCGCACCGCGACAUGACCAUGUGGGUCGGCACCUUCAACCUCAACGGCCGCACCGAGGGCGUGGAGGAGGACCUGUCGCCCUGGCUGUUCCCGCGGCAGAUGGCGGCGGCCGAGGCCCAGCCGGAGAUCUACGCCGUCGGCUUCCAGGAGAUUGUCGAGCUGAGCCCCCAGCAGAUCAUGAACAGCGACCCGUCCAGGCGGGCGCUCUGGGAGGGCGCCGUCCUGCGCACCCUCAACCGCCGUCAGGCCUCGCUCGGGGGUGAAAAGUACGUGCUCCUCCGCAGCGGCCAGCUCGUCGGCGCGGCCCUCUGCAUCUUCGUCAGGGCCUCGAGCCUCGGCAUGAUCAGGAACGUCGAGGGAAGCGUCAGGAAGACGGGCAUGUCCGGCAUGGCGGGCAACAAGGGCGCCGUGGCCAUCCGGUUCGACUACGCCAACACGCACAUCUGCUUCGUCACGGCCCACCUGGCCGCCGGCUUCUACAAUGCCGAGGAGAGGAACAGGGACUAUGCUACUAUUCAUCACGGACUGCGGUUCCAGCGUAAUCGGGGGAUCGAUGAUCACGACUCGGUCAUCUGGCUUGGUGACUUCAACUACCGCAUCGGGCUGACGUCGGAGAUGGCCAGGGCCCUGGUCAGGAAGCGCGAUCUCGGUCUCCUGUACGAGAAUGACCAGCUCAACCUCCAGAUGGUGGCGGGGCUGGUGUUUCCCUACUACUCGGAGGCGCGCAUCAAUUUCUUGCCUACGUAUAGGUUCGACAUCGGGACGGACGACUAUGAUACUUCUGAGAAGGCACGGAUCCCGGCAUGGACGGACCGAAUCCUGCGAAAGGGGAGCAACCUACGGCAGAUUCUAUACGACUGCGCACCGCUGCGGUUCUCGGACCACCGGCCGGUGCACGCGGCGUUUGUAUGCCGGGUGAGCAUCGUGGACGAGGCGAGGCGCGACAGCAUCAGCCAGGAGCUGUACAUGCGCCGCAAGGCCGAGGGCGUAGACGCCAUGACGGGGCUGCCGUCGUCGUCCCACGCAGGCGGCGGCGGGGCGGGCUCGGCGGCGGACGACAGCGACGACGAGGAGGACCUGAUCGGGUACGACGCAGUCGAGCCGGGCCUCCCGCCGGCGAGCUCGGACCGGAACAAGUGGUGGCUGGAGAACCGGCAGCCGGCGCGGGCGCAGGUGCCGAUCCCCAGCGGGCGGGACGGGCAGCCGAUGGUGCUGAAUCCCAACCGGCCGUCGAACCCUUUCGGGCACGGCGAGGAGCAGGACUGGAUCUCGGUGUCGAGGUCGUCGUCCCGCGCGUCGCUGUCCAGCCUGUCCAGCUCCCCCUACGAGAAGGUGAUGCUGCCGAGCAUGAUGAUGAACAGCUCCGCGUCGUCGACGGCGCCGCGCCGACUCCCGCCGCCGCCGUCUUCGUCGUCGCAGGACACCGGCAGCGGCAACGCGGCGGCCCGUACGGGACGGAUGAGCCUCGCCUCGGGUGGUGGCCACCAGGCCAGCAGCAGCAGCUCCACGCCUCCGCCUCCGCCUCCGCCCCGGAGACAGGGGACGGGUAACAGCGCGGCGACGUCGCCGUCAUCUCCGGCCCAGGCGGUCGGCGGCGGUAUCCCGAUGCCGGGCAUGCAGACGCAGAUGAUGCAAGGCAACAUGGAGCCUCUGGUGCCCACGCGGUCGGCGGCGUCGCAGCCGGCAGCCAGCUUCCCGGUGGCGACCAAGACCGCAGCCGGCAACGAUGCAGCGGCGGCAGGCCCAGCAGCGGCAGGCCCAGCAGCCAAGACGGCUCCUCCGCCGGUGGCCAAGAAGCCGGCCCACCUCGUCACAUCGCCGACGCCGACGCCGACGCCGACGGGCGGUAGCGGCGUAGGCGUAGGCGUCAGCAGGAGUCAGGCACCGGGACCGGUUGACCUGUUGGAUUCCAUGGAUGAAGGUGGUAGGGAUAUGGGUGGAUGGGAGACACUUCAGCCGAGCAGGUGA